GGGCGCUGCGACGCUGCAUGAGAGGGCGGAUGUCAGUCCACGUUCGAGCGUACGCCGGCAUAGGCGCGGAUCAGUUGAUCGGGCCGCAUUUUUCUUCGCCACCCCUCGCGUGUUUUUGUGACAGAAACUUGAUCAAUCGCGACGCCCAAGACGCGCGAUUGAAGGUGACCGAAAGAGAGAAAGUGCGUGCGUAUGCGUGAAACGACACGUAGAGCCGACCCGGCAGUGGGAUGACCAUUGGUGCGAUGCAUGUAGCGUGUCGUUAAAGACUCGGAUGUAUCGCUCGAAAGGGCUUUCCAUCCGAUCGAUAUUUAUUGUUGAUUUGAAAUUCAUACUGCGACGAUCUUUUGAUGCACGUACAUAUAUCGAAAGGAAGCCGGUUUUGUAUACAAUUCUAUAUUUAGUUUGUAUUAAUAAUUUUAAACGUGACGAAUUCUGUGUGAAGAGGUUGAUUAGUGAAAUUAUCACCAAUAUAUAAUACAAAAGUAUGUUAAUUUUUCAAAUGUGCAUCGCUACUUUUCGUAUUGACGAUCUCUUGGUAUCUGUCAUCGUACGUUCAAUAAUAUAGUCAAUGUCAGAGUCUAAUAAAUAUCAAACCAAGAUAAACACACAACACACAACACAUAUAUUAUUUAAAGAAUUUUUAAAUGAGUUCGUAAUAGUGAUUAAUUCGCUACGAUAGAGAACAAUCAGCGAGUUUAUGAUAUAUCACGUGACAUGUUUUUAUCGUAAAACCAUCGUAAAAGUAAUCGCGAGGAACAUUAUUUGCGCAUAUACUCACGCCACAGUGUAAAAUAUGAUAAAGUCGAAGAAAGGAAUCGCGACGAUUAAACAGACUGAAGCAACGGUGAAGUAGUGACUGCUAAAGUGUAUGUACCUCAGCCAAAAAUGGUCAAGGGUACCGCCAAGAACUGCAGCGGCGGAUGUCCUCUGCAUUGGACUGUUAAUCCUGCCGGGCAACACAGACAUCUUCUUCAGGCGGCCGCCUUCUACUUGGCUGUAGUGGCGGUCUUAUGGUGCAUUCCCGCAUGCAUCUAUCAUCGAAUCUCUGAGACCGGUCAGGCGGUGGUAUUGACUCUGGUGGACACCGCAACGGAUGGAUUGCAGAAUUUGGCCGAGCCAAAGUUCGAACACGAAUUUCCCUCGCGAUCCUCCAUCAAGAAUUCGUCGUUAUUGAGCAGCAAUCAGGACAGACAAUCCGAACAUUUGAAAGAGGCCGUGCCAACGACGCAGAUUCCACCGCCGCCGAUUAUUGACGAAACGACGGAACGACCGAAUGAUACCGAUAUCCUCGGGAAUGAAGAGGACGUGGUUCUGCUGAAGAAAAUCACUGCUGAGGAACCGCCAGAAGUUGUAGUGAUCGUCAGAGCGGAGCAAAAGAUUAAUUCGGACGAAUUAGAGCUAAGAGUCGAGGAGGAAGAGGAGGAGGCUGGUCAGGCUCAGGUGCCCGAGGAAUUGUCGUCGAAGGUCGAUGACACGUUCACCACGGCGCCUGAGUUAAACGACACGGCGGCCAGAGCACGAUUGGUCGGCGAUAGCAGAGAUGAGACUGCAGCAGUGAUCCUGAAUGGACUCGUUACUUCAGGUCCUACUGAACCGCAUGAGGACAUACCAUCUUUCAGCGAAUGGGCACAGAAGCGUUUGGAGGAGGCCGAAAAGAAAAAAACUCAUCCGAAUGCUUCCGUGCAGACUCCGGGUGGUCCAGGACGAGGUGUAAGUGGUAUGAAAAUUCGUAAUAAAAAUUACGCUUCUCCCGACUGCGGCGCAAAGAUCGUGGCGGCCAACCCCGAAGCGAAUAGUGCCAAGAACGUCUUGGUGUCUACGCGGGACGAAUAUAUGUUGAACGCCUGUACGUCACGCGUCUGGUUUGUCGUCGAGUUGUGCGAAGCGAUACAAGCAAAAAAGAUCGAGCUGGCGAACUUCGAACUCUUCAGCUCGUCGCCGAAAGACUUUUCUGUCUACGUGAGCGAUCGCUUUCCCACCAAGGACUGGAGUCUGGUCGGUCAGUUCACUGCCAAGGAUGUGAAAGACAUUCAGAGCUUUACUCUACAUCCUCACUUCUUUGGCAAGUUCAUCAAGGUCGAACUCCAAUCGCACUAUGGUUCGGAACACUUUUGUCCGGUCUCAUUGUUUCGCGCUUACGGCACCAGUGAGUUUGAAGUGCUGGAAACCGAGACGGAAAAUGAAACUUUAGAAGAAAAACACACGGACGAAGAUGACGACGAGGAUAGUGACGAAGAGGAAUCGUUGGAUAGCGAGGGCGGUGAUUCACCGAGCAAUCUUUUCGGUAGCGCGCGCGACGCCGUGCUAAAUGUAGUGAAGAAAGCUGCGGAGAUAUUGGUCAAGUCCAGCGGUCUCACCGGAAACAACAUCACGCAGAUCCAGCAAAGCAUCGAUCAUGGUAACAUCUUGGACAAUUCGUAUACGAGUUGCACAACACCAAGAUAUACGAUCCUCUGCGGCAACUGCACCGAUCAGAAGUUCGCAAGUGUUUUUCAGCUGGUUAGCUGCAAGAAUCGACAAUUGGAUGGUUUGCUUAGGAUCGAUCUGGUGAACAGAACUUUGAGACAAGGAAAACUGUGCGGUCUUCAUGGCGUGGAGAUAGAAUCGUUUUGGUGGAGAAGAGAGGAAGCUGAAACGAAGCACGACGAUACGACGCACUUUAAUUUGGCGGAGAACUUCCAGACGACUUUUCUAACAUCUUUCUUCAAACCCGAGUAUAUCAUAGCGUUGUGCAACGUUUUGGCAACGAAAGAACGCAAGGUGGUAAUGAAUACGAGCUACGAAAUUUCCGUAAAUAAGUCUAAGGACGCUGCCAGUGACAUUCUAUCUACUAAAAAUACCGAUCAUAGCGCCGAGAUCACUUUUAAUGGUCAAACAUCUUCUACUGUGGACCCAUGUACUCUGGACUCGAGUCUCUCCGCUUGCAAGUCUGCCGCGUCCUCCAAGGAGGUUCGACAGCAUUCAUUGAUUCAAGAUGUCAAUAAAGAAAGCGAAAACAUUAGCAUCGCGACUAUAGAGACUUCCUCCAGUUUUCCGGAGAGUUUGGCGUCGCAGAUCAAGCCUACGAAGACUCUUAGUAAAGAGGACUUGAAGAAGGAGUCUUCCGUACCAAUUUUGGAACCCAGUAAGGAAUUCACGGAUGAGACGUUGCAGCCGCAAGUGCUGACGACUGCUCCACCGCCAUCCAGUCCGACACCGACGUUGAAGAUGGUCGAGGAGUUGCCGGUUUCAGGAACUCCUGUUGAAACGACAUUGUCUCUAAGCAGCGUCCCGCCGAUAAACAUCGACAGUCAAGAAACUAGUCAAGAGACUGUCGUGCCUGACACGGAAAGUGCUGAGACUGUUGCGCAAGUGAAAAUGAACAAGUCGGAAAACGGUGAGCAAGACGGAAGACAGAUGAAAGAUCUGGGCGAGCAAGAAGCUCGAUUAUCGUCUCAAGAUCAUCUCUCGUUGGAUUCAUUGUUGUCCGAUUUAAAAGAUUUGGAGGUCGACACGGCUAACAUGCAGAAUGGAGCGUCCAGCUCUUCGCCGACGACUCAGCCCACAGCAAAUAUUGUUCCUCAGAAAGAGUCUGUUUUUCUUCGAUUGUCGAACAGGAUCAAGAUUUUAGAAAGAAAUAUGUCACUCAGCGGGCAAUACUUGGAAGAAUUAAGCCGUCGCUACAAAAAGCAAGUCGAAGAAAUGCAGCGCUCAUUGGAGCGUGCGGUAGCUGCUAUGGGCGAGGAGUCUCGAAAGAGUGAGGAACGCGAUGUGAAAAGAGCGGAAGAGAUUGCCGUUUUAAGGGAAGAAAUUAUGAUACUUUCUAAAUCGGUCGAAACACUUCUUUACGAUCGAGAUAGCUGGCGCAGCCGAAUAUCUGCGAUUAUCCAGCACACCUUGUUGAUUUGUUUGGAAAUCAUCAUCAUUACCUUGAUUCUCUCUUACUGUCGCCGCAGGGAAGAUUUUGAGGAGGAAAAACUCGAAUCGGACGCGAGGAAGGACACCAUACGUCGAAAGAGCGCAGAGAACUUCAGCUCUCAUGCCGCGGCGAAGAAAACGAAGAGGCGACGACCUAGCGAGAUCGCUUCUCACAUUAGCGGCACAUAUCACGAGCUGAUGAUCGACGAUCGACCCUAUGAGACGAAGAAGGAGCGAAAGAAGAAACGCAAGAAAGAAGCAAUUGCCGCCGGCAUUAAAGCAGCAGUCAAUACGGAUGCGAGACAAGAGGUGGUUCGUUACAAAAGUGUAUUGAACGUGAUCCCCGGUGGUACAACAUUGCCAUCGAGAAGAUCGUCGUCCAUAGACUCUCCAAACUCCAAAGAGUUGCAGGAUUCGGUCGGCAAGAGGCCGGAAUCCGCGCCCGAUACCGUCGUCGGUUGGUUCGACGAUCAGGUAGAAAGAAUAGAACGAAUAACACAGCCUGCCCCGGAAGAUAGAGCCAAGGCGGAAUCCAGAGCAAGUUCUGAAUUCGGUCGCCAAGUUAACGAGCUUGGUAAGCCUAAUACAUCGUUAGUGAUCGUGAACAGGCCCGUCGAAAGAUCAGGCCCGUGUUUGAACGCCACGGUCGAACGAAAGAUCGAGUCGUCGAGGAACGGCUCGUUCAGGGCCGGUAGUAUCCUCAAGGGCGCGAGACUGAGCUCGCCGUCCUUCAUGAAAACUGCCUUGGGUACGAGAAGCAAGAGGAAGUUCUCCACGAAUUCCACGAAUUCCGAAAAGGGGGAGUGGAGUCAAGAUUCGGAGCAGUCGAACGACAGGUCCUCUCAGUCUAGCCCGACGGAUUUCAAGAUGCUGUCGCAAAUUAUCGGUGAUCGUGCCAAUGGUAGCACCGCGAACGGCUUGAUCGAAGAGAGCGACGAGUCGAGAAGCAGCAGCGCUACGCCUACGUCGAUCAAGAAAGAGAAGAGAGGCACCGGCUUAAAGAAAAUGGUGAGAAAGUUUUUCUGAUUGAAAUAGACCCGCCGUAAAUACAAGCCGAAUUGGAGCAGCAUCGAUUUUUGCAUUGAAUCGAUUGACAUAUAAAUGUUGCAUAUUCGUGAGAGCGUUUUUGGUUCGACCUUGCUUGAUUACUUUUGUCCUAGUUUCCUCAUUUCAAUUCGAUUAAUUCAAUUACUAUAAAAAUACAGGCUUUUUACUUGUUAUCGCACGAUGAAUUGAAGUUGUUGAUUUGAGCAGGAAAGAUGAAAAAUGUGUGAGACUGGAUAGAGCCGAAAAGUCUCGCGAAUUUAACCAAAUGUAGGAAUAUGUGUAUUUGGUAGAGAAUGAAAAGUGGCCGAAUGGAGUUAAACUUAUCAUAGUUACGAUAUACAUAUACUUUUGUCUGAACACGAUCUUUAUUUCGCAGUUACUAGUCUUUCUAAUGAAUUAAAGUAAACGGUGUGUGUUAAUUAUUUCAAACUUAAAGUUUAGUCCUUUCUUAUUAAAGACUGCAUAUAGCUUGGAGAAUAUAUUAUACUUAUAGAGGAAGAUUUGAGAUAACUUACACAACAUUUUGAAAUAAUGGAUAAAAAUCGAUAAAAAUCUUUUAUGUGAUUGCCUAAAUUUGAGAAACUUUCUUCCACCUUACGAUGCUUAGCUUUGUGGGCCGUUAUCAGAGAACUGCGCUUUACAUGCUAGUGAUAAUAGUAUCAUACGUAAUCAGUUUGACGUGUUAAUGGCGAAUGCAACAAAAUACGUAAAAAAUUCUUAUAAAGUAUUUCGCCAAGGAGAGAUUAAAUGUGAUCCCACCGUUGCGGAAAAUAAGACAACAUAAAUAAAAUGACUUACGAAGAUAGAUUAGCUUACGUAGGAUGUACAUAUAAUUAUGAAUGAUCUUAAUCGAUGCAACGGCAGAGAACUACAACGGUCUAGAGAACAUUUCUAUGUUUUUGUUUUAAAUCAGAUUAUUUAAUUUCUACCUAUAAAUCAUCGCCAAAGAGAAAAAUUAAGAA